AUGGGUUGGUUUUGGGCAGACACUGCAUCCUCCGCGCCUGUUGCGCCGCACCCUACGCCUCGAGGCAGCGCAGAACCUCCCCCAUCAUGUCCCAUGCACAAGAAAGUCUCGGCCCCCGCCACCGCAGAAGUCCCUAGAGGCGCCUGUCCCUACGUACCCCCAGAAGGCGCCGCCAAAGCCUCCGCCGAAGUCCCCUCAUCCUCCGCCGCCGAAGCACCUGCCAAACAAGGCCUCCUCUCCCGCCUCAACCCCCUAAACAACAUGUUCGCCGAACUCGACAACAGCCGCGCAGACGCCCAAUCCCAAGACCUACCCCUCUCGCGCGAAGCAUCCACGAUCCCCAAAGCCGACGGCUCGCUAUGGGAGUACCCCUCACCGCAACAAAUGUACAACGCCAUGCUGCGCAAAGGCUACACAGACACGCCCGUCGACGCCGUCGAAUCCAUGGUAUCAGUGCACAACUUCCUCAACGAGGGCGCCUGGGCCGAGAUCAUGGGGUGGGAGCGCCGCUUCUCAAAGGGCGUCGCAGAGGGAUACCGCAUCUGCAAGCGCGGCGAGGAGAACGCGAACCUCGCCCUCGGCACCGCAGACGACCCCUUCGACACGCAGACCUGGGACGUCGACGGCGUGCCCCCACCCAGCCUCGUCCGCUUCACCGGCCGCCCCACAGAACCUACCCCCAAGGCCGCUAUCAUGCAGUGGCUGAGCUGGGCCUCGCCUGAGAGAUUCGGCACCCCGCCGCCCUUUGACCGUCAUGAUUGGUACGUUAAUCGCUGCAAUACUAAGGGCUGUGAGGAGGUCCGCUAUGUCAUUGAUUACUAUGAGGGCGAGCCCGAGCCCACGGGUGAACCCGUCUUUUUCCUCGACGUCAGGCCCGCGGUCGAUGGGCCGAGGAGUGCGGCUGAGAGGGUCGUCAGGUGGGGCACGGAUACGUGGUGGACUGCUACCGGGGGCGUGGCGCGCGAGAUUCGCAAGUUGGAGGAGGCUAAGGCGAAGAAGGAGGAGGAGGCUCAGGCGAAGAGGAGGCAGUACAAUUAA